UCCUUUUUGUGUCGACUCUAAUUGACUUCCUCUUGCGCCAUUAACCGUGCCUAUCUCCCUUCGCAGGCCUUGAGGCGUGUGUUUUGCUUGCGCUUCCAACAGGAGUUGCCGAAGAUCCUGACCCGGCCCGUUCCGCCUCAGCCACGAAUUCCCGCAACCGGCCUCGUCCAUCGCCAGAACCCGGUUAGCCAACGCAAGAAUGCUGUAUCGCGGACUCCGGUUUGCGGCUCGCGCCGCUCCCAGACUGUCGCUCUACAACACCAGCUCGGCGCUGCGGCAGCUUCCUGUGCAAUUCCAGCAUGUACGAACCUACGCCGACAAGGUCAUCAAGGUGCCCGCAAUGGCCGAGUCGAUCAGCGAGGGAACAUUGAAGCAAUGGAACAAGGCAGUGGGGGACUUUGUUGAGCAAGACGAGGAGAUCGCGACGAUCGAGACCGACAAGAUCGAUGUUGCUGUGAACGCCCCUGAGGCGGGCAUCAUCAAGGAGUUUUUUGUCAACGAGGAGGAUACCGUUACCGUCGGCCAGGACCUCGUGCGCAUUGAACUCGGUGGCGCGCCUUCGGGAGAGAGGCCUGCCGCGGAAGAGGCGAAGGAGGCACCCAAGGAGCCAACACCUCAAACACAACCCGAGCAAAGGACGACUCAGGAGCCCAAGCCUCAGGAAACCAAGCCUCAGGAAACCAAGCCGGCUAGCCAGCCCACGCCCGUAGUAGAGGAGGCUCCGUCGCCGAAGCAGCCGAGCAAGCCCGCAAAGGCUGCCCCUGAAGCCCCUGCCACCCUGGGCAGCCGCGAGGAGAGGAGAGUCAAGAUGAACCGGAUGCGUCUCCGGAUUGCGGAGCGCCUGAAGCAGUCGCAGAACACGGCCGCGUCGCUCACCACGUUCAACGAGGUCGACAUGUCGGCGCUGAUGGAGUUCCGCAACAAGUACAAGGAUGAGGUUCUGAAGAAGACCGGCGUGAAGCUGGGCUUCAUGAGCGCCUUCUCCCGGGCCUGCGUGCUCGCCAUGCGCGACCUCCCCAUCGUUAACGCGUCGAUCGAGGGCCCCAACGGCGGUGAUACCAUCGUCUACAGGGACUACGUCGAUAUCAGCGUCGCCGUGGCGACUGAGAAGGGUCUCGUCACCCCUGUUGUGCGCAAUGCUGAGUCCAUGGACAUGAUCGGCAUUGAAAAGGCUAUUGCCGAUAUGGGCAAGAAGGCUCGCGACGGAAAGCUCACGAUUGAGGACAUGGCUGGCGGCACUUUCACUAUCAGCAACGGGGGCGUUUUUGGCUCUCUGAUGGGGACCCCUAUCAUCAACCUUCCCCAGACGGCUGUCCUCGGCCUGCAUGCUAUCAAGGAGCGACCUGUCGCCGUUAACGGCAAGGUGGAGAUCCGGCCCAUGAUGUACCUUGCUCUCACCUACGACCACCGUCUGCUGGACGGCAGGGAGGCUGUGCAGUUCCUGAUCAAGGUGAAGGAGUACAUCGAGGACCCGCGCAAGAUGCUCCUCUAGGCGGUGUUCGGGGAUCGGGUCUCCGGGGAAGACGACGCAAGAAGACUGGCUGCCAAAUUGAGGGUGAAUGGCUGGGGUUGAGGGGUCUGAAAUUGGUAACGCUGCCGCUUGUAUAACACAGAACCAUGUACCGGGUAAGUCCCUUGGUACACUGCAUCACCAUGGAGUUUCCAAUUAGACAUUUGGCUUGUUUCUUUGUCAGAGAGUCCACAUUUCCGCUCUCAGGUUGCAUGUUGUUUUGCUUGGAGACGGGCCACACAAGACCUUGUUCGCCCGAUAAGAUCUCCUGGCCUUCGAGGUUGGGUAGGGCAAUGAGGGCUAGAUGCAUACACGGUAGUUGGGUACACGGCAUGUUGGUGUGCUUAUUACCGUCAGUUUCUGGCUGUUGACUUGUCGCGUCCAACGAUGGGGGGGGUGCAGAUGAAUUGAGGCAACCCCCGGACUUGCGCCUCGCUCCUGUGACUGCCGUCGUGCCAGUGGAAGUGAACUUUUCAGCAACAUGGACAUCUGCUC